AUGGCGUCCGUCCUCGCGAAGCUCGGGUACGGAUGGUACGAGCAGAUGCUCUCCGAGGUCGGCGUCUCGACGGUCGGCGACCUCAUGGCGUCGGCGACGGCGGCGGCGACGACGACGACGACGACGACGACGACGACGACGAACGACGACGACGACGGCGCGCGCCGCGACCGCGACCGCGUCGCCGCGUUCUUGACCGCGAACGCGUUCAGCGCCGCGCACGCGGACGCGAUCGCGGAGGAGAUCCUCGAGAUCGCGCGCGCGACGGAGAAGGACAAGCGGCGACAGCUGUCCAAGUCUGGCAGCGCGGACGGGAUGUUCAUGAUGGACACCCUGGACGGCGCGGCCGAGAACGCCCCUGACUUCGCCGCCGGCGCGUUCGAGGCGAAUAACUCGCGCCUGUCGCUGCUCAGAGAAGAGGUCAAGGACGCGAAGACGUUCCCGUCGAUAUCGCCCGAACGCAGAGCAGAGCUCGAAGGAGGUGCGGGGGACGACGACGAUGACGAGAAAGAGCGCCGCCGCGUCGCCGCCGCGGAGGCUGGGCUGAGAGAAGCCGCGACGGCGACGGCGACGGCGACGACGGCGGACGCGGGCGCGACGACGGCGGCGACGGCGACGACGGCGGCGACGACGGCGGCGACGACGCAGGAAACGAUUCGCUCGGCGUCCGUCGGCGGCCUCUACGACCGCGCGUUCCUCGACGCGAUCGCGCCUUUAUACGACCUCCACAUGGGCGCGGAGAACCUGGGGCCUCUGUUGUACGCGUGGGUGCGAUUCGCGAAGCCGGCGAACGUGUUAGAGAUCGGCGCGGGGUACACGUCGAUGUUUUUGCUGCGGGCGCUGGAAGACAACGCGGCGGAGAUCGAGGCGUAUCGCGCGUUGCGGGCGGAGGGCGCGUGCAGAUGCGGCGACGCGCCGUGGAGCGUGGACGCGUUCUUCACAAACAAAAACGGUCCGGAUGAGAACGUUAUUCGAGGGACGUUACACUGCGUCGAUAACAUGGCGCACGCGCACACGACGGCGAACGCCGUCGCCGCCGCCGCCGAGCGGCUGGGCCUCUCCGACCGCCUCCGACUGCACGAAGCGGACGCGCACGACCCGGACCUCCCGUCGCUCCUCGCGCCGAAGGUGGAGUUCGACAUGCUGUGGAUCGACCUCGGCGCCGCGCACAAGACGGAACGGUUCGUGAGAGACUGGUGGCCGCGCGUGCGGUCGGACGGAGGCAUCGUGGUCGUGCACUCUUCGCUGACCAACGCGAUGUCGAGAGGGUGGGUCGAACGCGCGCGAGAUCACUGCCACUCGCAGCGCGUUCGCGCCGCGGACGGGAGCGUGGAGCGGCGAAGCGCGGGGCCCGAGCGCGAGGGCGGCGCGAGCGAGUUCGACGAGCUCGGGGAGUUCGAGACGUUGUCGCUGUUGGAGCCGCACAAGAUGUUUCAAAACGCGGUCACCGUGUUGCAGAAGAGAGGCGGACGGUUCGGGCGGUACGACGAGCCGGUGCUCACGAAGUUUCCGUGA